CGCCGCCACCAACCGAGAGAUGAUAGUCAACAUACCAACCAACAUGUUAAUCGACUCUUCUUCAUUCGAUUUGGAAAGAGAAAAGGUUAGGAUGGCAACUACCUAUCGAGGACGUCGGGAAAUAUUCUUCUUGAACAAACAAACGGCGAAAGUUCUUUUCUAUUUUUCUCCCAAAAGGUCGCGGGAGCGUGACUGCGCACGAGAGAUAUUUAUUACAAUCCCAGGAGAGGAAUUAAAAGCCAUUUUCAAACAAAAUGGAGGAGAACAGGGUUUGGCAGGUCCCCUUAUCCUGGUUUGAUUGAGCAUUCAUUUCGACUGGUGUGUUUUGUUUUAGUGUGUGUGUGUGUGUGUGCUGUUUUCACGGUGUGAGAGCAGCGCGUUGGCCGGACACGGAACAAUUAUCUCGUUACCCAGUGCUCUGCCGAGCGGCAAAUGAAUGAGCAAGUGCUGCAAACGGGACGCUUCUGAACAACAAAAACCAACGAGAAAGUGUGCCCGACACGCGACCAUUUUGCGGGACAAACUCUGCGGCCGCUGGAUUGAAUAGUGUCGUGCUGGUCCUUGUUCUUGUGCGUCGCCGUGAAAUAAAGGAGAAAACAAAAAAAAUAUCAGAACCAGAAAAUUCGAAAAAUCAAAUCCAACCGAAAGUGAAGAAGAAAGAAAGAAAAGAAAACAAAACGGGAUAAAUGAGCCGGAUUGCAGCAUACAGCCGUGACAGCGCAUUUGACGGGCAAUAAGGCAAACAAGUGAAAUGAAUCCGGAGAGAGCUGUCGCCGCCACCGUCCAGUGAAGUCCAGGCUGCCCAAACAACCCCGCACGGCUCUGGUGGAAAUCGAAGAAGAAGAAGAAGACGAGCAACAAUCAUCGCCAAUAGAAAAAAUUCGGAGAAUGAUGAUGAUGGAGGAGAAUAGCAGCAUCAAAUCGGCCGUGUCGUCGAUGGUGCUGGGCAGCAGCAGCGUCGGCGGCAUCGCGGCCGGAGGCGAAUCGGCCGCUGGCUCUGAAAUAAUUCCGCAUCAUCAGCAGCUGCAUCACGAUCCUGCUGUCAAUGCGACGACCGUGUCCGUCCGCAUUUACGUGCCGGAACUCAAUGUCCAGAAGGUGAUCCACUUUCAUCGCGAAGAGCUCGUCUGGAAUGUCAAACAGCAAUGUUUGGCCAGCCUGCCUAAAGAGCUGAAGGAAAGUUUCAACUAUGGACUGUUUUAUCCGCCGUCAAACGGCCGGGCCGGCAAAUUUCUCGACGAAGAACGCCCCCUGUCGGAUUAUCCUUUUAACGGACCUGGCGGCUACCUUGAGUUGAAGUACAAGAGGCGUGUGUACAAGAUGCUACAUCUGGACGAGAAGCAACUGCGUUCGCUGCACACACGCGUCAACUUGCGUCGCUUCUUCGACUACGUGACCAGCGGCCAAACGGAGAAGAUUACCAAAAUGUGUGCCAAAGGGCUGGAUCCCAACAUUCACUGUCAGGAGACGGGCGAGACCCCACUGACAUUGGCUGCAGUUUCAUCUCGCCCCGGGCCACUACUUCUGGCCCUGGUUGGUGGCGGUGCAUUGAUCGAUUACCGAACGAGAUGCGGAUCGACCGCCUUGCACAGGGCCUCUGAGAAGAGCAGCAUAGAAGCUGUGAGAACCCUUCUGGACCUGGGGGCCUCCCCUAAUGUUCGUGAUGCCAAAGGUCUGACUCCUCUGUGGACCGCAGUGUCAGCCAAAGCCUCUCCAAUGUUAUGCCAGGCACUCCUUCAUGAUUACUCCAUCCACGGUGUGCAAGAUGCUCAGGGAUGGCAUGAAGUCCACCAGGCCUGCCGUAAUGGACUCGUCCAGCAUUUGGAGAACCUGCUGUUUUACGGAGCCGACAUGAACGCCAAGAAUGCGUCGGGCAACACGCCCCUCCACGUCUGUGCUGUGGACAAUCAGGAAGCGUGCGCACGACUGCUGCUCUUCCGGGGGGCCGAUCGCGAAGCCCUUAACUACGCCAAUCAGACACCCUACCAGGUGGCGGUAAUUGCCGGUAACCUGGAGUUAGCCGCUCUUAUCCAUCGGUUUAGAGGCGAGGAUGUCGUGGCAUUCAAGGAAACUCCAUCGUUCAAUCCCCGUCGGCGAAAGUCUGGCGUACUACUGUCGAUGAGGCAUUCGAUGUCGUCGAAUGCCAUGAUGCUGGACGCGUCUUCCAUCGCUUCGUCGUCGACGACCGGAUCGAGCAGCACGCCCAGCCCGACGUUGGUGUACAGCUCGCUGACUAGCAGGUCGAUGAAUCGCCGCCAGCAGCAGCAGCCCUCUCCGUCGCCUUCCAGCACUGACCGCUGGCUGGAAUCGAAUCCCAUGUGCAUGAGCACCGUGUCUGUGCGCAGCGAUACGGGCAGCUCCUCUUCUUGUACGGCUGAAAGCGAAGAUAAUGGAAGCAGUUUGACUGACAAAAUCAGCGUGGACCAAUGCGACAUUGUCAGUGAUAGCUCGGGCGUUGGCACGUCCAACAGUGGAAGCGGCGGAAGCUACGAUGCAAAUACCCCGUCUGAGCACUCGCUGGUCCUACCAGGCAUGACAGUCGUCUGCACGGAGGCGUACAGUUGCAAGGAAGCCAACCAUCUCAACUUGCAACCGGGGGAUAUUAUUGAAGUGACGGGAUCAACAGACUGUGGGCUGUUGGAGGGCUGGUUAAGGGGAGACAGUGGCUAUUUUCCUCCCAGUUGCGUGCAAGAAGUCAGGUUGCGCAAUCCGGCCGCUAUCGCAGCGGCUCGACAUCAUCCCAGCCCGGCUGUCAUCUCCAAAGCUACGGGUGUGCCAAAUAUGGGCAUGACCCUGCCUGUGCCGGUUCCCGUUUUGCAACUGGGAAAGACCAUGGAAGCCAGAGCUGCCGGUCGCCGAGAAAUGACUGCACAAAAUUACGGAACGACUCCACGGAUGAAGUCUCUGUACAGCGAACCGCGGACUGUCAUCCUGCAUAAGGGCCAGAGAGGAUUUGGUUUCGUGCUGCGCGGUGCAAAGACAAUGACAGGCAUGAAGGAUUUCAACCCUAUUCAGAAUCGAGUUCCGGCUUUACAGUAUUUGGAUAGUGUCGAAGCUGGCAGUGUAGCCGACCGAGCCGGACUUCAGCCUGGCGAUUUCAUUCUGGCUAUCAAUGGAGAAGAUCUGGCCAAGGCUUCGCACGAGACUGUGGUUGAUUGUAUCCGUCGUUCGGGUAAUUUGGUUCAGCUGACUAUCUGCUCCGCCACCGUCCAACCUGUCAACCAAUCAGUCAGCCAAUCAGUCAGCGAAUAUGCUUUAACAGUCCCCAACAGUAGUCGACAGUAUUCAACACUUCCUCGAAAGUUACCCGGGCGGCCCCCACAACCACCGAAACGAGAUCCCCGGACGACGCUAAGUGUCGGUCGAGCCCGUGCUCGCUCGAUGGUUGUAGCACUCAACGAUAUGGAAUCUUCUCAAUCGAGUACGGAGACGGCGGAAGAUAUCUAUUCCAAUUCGUCUUCGUCAAGGACAGCUUCGAUUCGCUCGCGUUCAGGAUCUGGGCGUGUUUCAACCACCGAUCUGGAAAGAUUAUCUAUCCCGACUGCUGUCAGCCCUCCAGCGCCACCAGCGGAGAACAACCGGUCACCCCGUGUUUACGCCAGUGUGGCUGAAAUGAAGCGCAUGAGAAAGCAGAAGACGUCGGCAGAGCUGUUGAAACUACACAAGGAAUUCCACAGCACACCGGAAUUGUGUUGGGAACAGCAGCAAAAUGGCGAAGUGAUGACUUCUUCUUGGACAGCAGAAGUCGAAAUUCCACCGGAUGUUCCAUCGGCGGAAGAUUGGCGAAAGAGUCAGAGCCAGGAGAACGUCUACGGCAUGGAGCUGCAGGCUCACAAUCAACGCAAUUCGCGCCGCUCCUGGGCUCCUGGAAAUGGUGCCACCAAACCGGGAGGGCAACGCCAUUCCGGCGUCCGUUAUCACGGCUCUUGGCAGAACAUUGAGGAUUCCUACCAGCAGUCGGAAGACGACGACGAUGGGGAUGAGACGGAAGAAGAGGAGGAGGAUGGCGAUGACGACGGAGAAGACGCAACUACUCCGAUCGCCGAUCAAUUGAAUUUGUUGGGGAAUCGCGACUACCGCGCCGUUAAGCCGUGCCGUCCGAUUUACUCGACCGGCAAUUGCAAUACUCUUCCAAAAAGAGCAGGCAGUCCGCAUUGUACGGCUCCUCCGCCAAAUCAUCCGCCGCCACCUCCACCUCCGCCGUCUCAGGUUGUCCGAGUUGACGUUACCAAAGCUCACAGCGAAUAUGCCGCCGUCGCUGCGGCCGGUGGCGACCGUCCUACGACUCCAGUCAUGUCCAGCUUCCGACCCAGUGACAAUGCCAAGCUCUACGCCCUGCCGGAAGAUAUGAAAAACGUCGGCUACAUGACACUCCGCCCGACCGCAUCCAAGAAAAUGACGAACGUCCAGUCUUCCAUGACUGGAUCACCUCCGUCUUCUGCUGCUUCACGAUCCAAGAGUUUACCGCCACGCAGUUCCCGUCCCAAUGUCCAGGUCAAAUCGGCGAAAAACGAAGAGCCGCGCGUCAGCGUGACUGUCAAUUCUACUCCGCUUAUACCCGAUCCGGACUAUGACAGCGAAGAAGAAGCUGCCCAGAAUGGUCUGGCAGCAGGCAAAGCAUCGCGGAUGAUGGUUGCCCACAGCACGGCGGCCGACAACGAACCUCCUCGUACGAAGCUCCUGAUAGAAAUCAAACCGCAAUCUCAGCCGAUUGAAAUCAAACAAACGAAUCCGCCCAGGCAGCCACAACGGGUCGAAGUCGAAGGGCGAAAGUCGGAAGGCAAUCGAGCAAGUUUGCCCAAGUCGCAGAGCUUUUGCGCCGACAUUCUUAAGGCCAAGUCUUUGUUGAAGAACUCUCAAUCGUUUCCUGAAGAGCUCAGCGAUCAACUUGUUCAAGAUUCCUAUUGCGAAGACGCCUACGUCACUUUCGUGCCGGUCAACGGCAGCAGCAGCCAGUCGGAGGAGUCGCAAUACGGACACACUAAAAACGGCCGCCGAACCGGAACGCUGACUCGCCACGCCGUUUCAUUAAUUCAACUGCCGCCUCCCGUCGAAAAUGGAGAGCCGGACAUGGAAGACAGAUUGCAGUCUCAACAGUCUGAUAUGGCCAUCGAACAGGAUUCGGUCAGCACCAUAUCGACGUUGAGUUCGCUUUCGACCAGCACCAACUCUUCGGAGCGGGACGACGCUACGAUCCUGGAGAACCACAAACCGGUCAAGAAGAUCAACGGUCAUUGGCGGGAGGCGGGGGCGCCGUCGUCGUCUGAACACCAAACGACGUCCGACGGUGAGCGAACGAUUGAAGAAAGUCUGCAACUGAUCCGAAAACACGUUGACGAGUUGAGCGGCAUGAACCGGUCGCCGGCCAAGAAAACAGCUCCCGUCGUCCCACCACCUCCGCAGUUUAUCGAAGCGGUGGCUUCGUCCUCGUCGGAGAACGAGGAAUCAUUUCUUGCCCCACCACCACCCGAAUUUUCUGAUUCUGUGAUGAUGAUGACGCACAAACCCGGCCAGCGUCAAUUACCCAAGUCCAUGAGCUCAGGCCAGCUGCGCGGCGCGCUGGGAGACGGCAGCGACGACGCUGUGCCCAUCUCCUUCUCGUCGCACUUUCUCAAUCGCCGAAUGGUUGAACGCCGUUUGAGCGACGACGCCAUCAGCAGCAGCAGCAAACCGCCCACCGUCCGCGUAGUUGGCACCGUCCCCAAGAAGGUCUCCUUCAGUCCGGAUGUCAUCGAGGCCGAAACGACCCGUGCUGGCCACCAAGAAAUGGUUGUGACGACCCGCAGAUUUCCCCACAAGCCGCUGCACGAGUGGACCGUCAGCGACACGGCCGACUGGCUCGACAGCAUCUUCCUCAACGAAUACAAGAACGUUUUCAUGAAAAGGAAUAUUGACGGGCCCAGCUUGAUGCACAUCAACAGCGAAAUCCUCAUGAGCAUGGGAGUCAAGCGUCUAGGCCACCGAUUGAACAUUGAGAAAUCGCUGAAGCAUUACGCCCGCGACCCGAGGAAUUGAAGGACCCACGUAAAAAUAGUCUGCGACUAAAAGGUGAAAAAUCGAAAGUAUUCUUAUUUCUUGGGGAUACCGACAGUUGAGAGGGAAGCCUAGAAAAUGUCAAUUAUAGUUAGGGGCAACAAGCAACUGGAAAAGAGUAUGAGAAAAUCAAGAAAUCGAGUCAUAUAUCUUACAUGUAUAAUUUUGUAAAACAGUUUUUAGAGUUUUCUGUCUAACCUUUCUUCUUCUUCUUCCUCCCUUUCUCCCGGUUUCAACGCAGUACAUACCUGAGCUUUGGUACCAGACGAUGUAGACUUGUAUCCCAGUUCCUUUUGGCCCACCUCCGUUCCAUCUCCUCGUUUUCUUUUCCUUCCUUCUUCCAUCGUGUGUGUGUUGUAUUUAUAUAUACAUUUACAUAUAACCUUUUAGAUUUACCCUAUAUUCUACAGUAUAUAUUAUACUCCCAUCAAAGUUUUCUAAUAACCACACAAAAGAGCGAGAACGCCAUUCAUUCAUCCCUUCCCUACAAUUCAAUAAGAGAAUUUUUUUUCUUUCUCCUCUCGUCAUCCGUCAGUUGAACCCAAGUAAACAUUUUUAUAAAGACGGUCUAUACUUCGUCCGCAUCUCCCCCUCUUCCUUUCUUGGAUCAAGCUCAAGUGUAUGAACCGAUUGUUCCCCCAUCAUACAUAUUAUAUUAUUCAUGUUUGUCAACCGUUUAAUAAAAUUUUCAUGCUCGCA